AUGGAUAUUAUUAUACAACUGAGGAUCCCUUUUCAAGGAGAACCUCUUCGACCAGUGCUGUCAGACCAGUUGUGUGAUGAGAAGGUCAACGCACUGCUAAAGGCCUGCUGGUCUGAAAAGCCCGACCACAGGCCACCUUUUGCAUCCAUCCGGAGACGAUUGAAGAGCAUAAGUCCCGAGAGCCAUGCAAAUAUCCUCGACAGCAUGGUUGACAAGUUAGAGAAAUAUGCAAAUCACCUUGAGGAGGUGGUGGAGGAGAGGACCAACCAGCUGACAGUGGAGAAGGCCAGAGCAGACAAACUUCUCUCCAGCAUGUUACCAAGGUACAUUGCAGAUCAGCUAAUGUCGGGAAAAUCAGUGGAGCCACAGAGCUACGACAUGGUGACCAUAUUCUUCUCUGACAUUGUCGGCUUCACCUCCAUGUGUUCGGUCAGUUCAGCCAUGGAGGUGGUAACAUUCCUCAAUGACCUCUACAGCCUGUUUGACGACAUCAUAAAGAUGUAUGACGUGUACAAAGUAGAAACUAUUGGUGAUGCAUACAUGGUAGCUAGUGGCCUUCCCAUCAGCAAUGGAAACAAACACGCUUUAGAGAUAUCCACAAUGGCUCUGCAUUUCCUGGCCGCUAUCAAAAUCUUUAAAAUACCUCACAUGCCAAAUGAGGGCCUUGCAAUUCGCAUUGGCAUACAUUCUGGUCCAGUGGUUGCUGGAGUGGUGGGCACUACAAUGCCUCGUUACUGUCUGUUUGGGGACACGGUGAACACGGCUUCUCGCAUGGAGAGCAACAGUUUACCCCUGAAGAUUCACAUUUCUCAGUCCACAGCAGACAUUCUUGUCCUGGCUGGAUCCUUCGAGAUGGAGGAAAGAGGAGAGAUUGAAAUGAAGGGUAAAGGAUUUCAAAAGACCUACUGGCUCCUGAAAAAAACUGGGUUUAAUCCUCCUCUUGUGGCCCCAAGCUCAUCACAUGCAGACAGUCUCAAACUUCUGAAAGAGGAUCUUGGAGAGUGA